UUGCACAAUGUCAUGGCAGAUAUAAUUUCCUGGAUCAAAUCAGACUUCUCCUUCACAAGGGCUCUGCAAAGUCAUUGACGGAAGGCACUACCCUUUUAACACAUUUUUGCGGCAGACCUUCAUGCCUAACUUGUCACAAAAAGACUGCCAUUGAGGUCAUUUUACAAGAUGCAAGGUGUGAAUUCUGAAAGGACAACAGAAGACUCUACAAUGAGUUUCCUCUUGCUUUUUUCAACAACAACUUGGGCCCUCCUUUUAUUUUCUCUAAGCUUGAUUGUCACAUAUGGUUACUGGCCAUAUGGAUUCUUUAAAAAGCUGGGAAUUAAGGGACCCAAACCCAUACCUUUUAUGGGAACACUACUGGAGUACCGAAAGGGUUUCCAAAAUGCAGAUUUGGAGUGUUUCCAGAAAUAUGGGAAAAUCUGGGGUUUAUACGAUGGCAGACAGCCAGUACUGGCCAUUAUGGAUCCUGCAAUGAUCAAAACUAUCCUGGUCAAGGAAUGCUACUCACUUUUCACCAACAGAAGAAAUAUCCGUCUGAAUGGCCCCUUGUACGAUGCUAUUUCCAUUGUGGAGGACGAUGAAUGGAGGAGAAUCAGAAGUGUUCUCUCACCCUGUUUCACCAGCGGUCGACUGAAAGAGAUGUUUACAAUCAUGAAACACCAUUGUGAUAAUUUAAUUGAGAGUCUGCAGAAGACAGCCGACAGUGGGAAAGCAGCAGAAAUGAAAGAGUUCUUUGGUGCAUACAGUAUGGAUGUUGUCGCCAGCACUUCCUUCAGUGUCGAUAUUGAUUCUCUCAACAACCCAAAGGACCCCUUUGUCACAAACAUCAAGAAAAUGCUUAAAUUCAGUUUCUUCCAUCCACUGUUUCUUUUGAUAGCAUUCUUCCCUUUCCUGGGCCCACUGCUGGAGAAAAUGGAGCUUUCCCUUUUUCCAACAUCUGUGACAGAUUUCUUUUAUACCUUCCUUCAGAAAAUAAAGUCACAACGUCAAAUAAAAGUUCACAAGAAUCGAGUGGAUUUCCUACAACUGAUGGUGGAUUCCCAGAUACAUGAAAAGAGCGUUGGCACACAAGGGGAACUACUCAAAGGUCUUACAGACCAUGAAAUUCUUUCCCAGUCAAUGAUGUUCAUAUUUGCUGGUUAUGAGACUAGCAGUAGCACCCUCUCAUUCUUGGCCUACAACCUGGCCACCAACCCUGAAACCAUGAAGAAGCUUCAAGAGGAGAUUGAUGAAGUGUUUCCAAACAAGGCCCCGGUGACCUAUGAACCACUGAUGCAAAUGGAGUAUAUGGAUAUGGUACUGAACGAGUCUUUGAGGCUCUACCCUAUUGCUGCUCGUCUUGAGAGGGUUUGCAAGAAGACCGUUGAGAUCAAUGGGGUGACCAUUCCGAAAGGGACUGUUGUCGCAAUUCCAACUUAUGCCUUACACCGUGACCCUGACUUGUGGUCAGAACCCGAACUCUUCAAACCUGAGAGGUUUAGUAAGGAAAACAAAGACAGCAUAGACCCCUAUGUCUAUAUGCCAUUUGGAGCUGGUCCUCGGAACUGCAUUGGAAUGAGGUUUGCCCUUGUCCUCAUAAAACUCGCCAUGGUUCAGAUACUUCAGAACUUCAGCUUUGCUACCUGUGAUGAGACAGAGAUCCCUUUGGAGCUGGAUAUUCAAGGACUUCUUGCUCCUAAAAACCCAGUAAAACUGAAGCUUGUUCCACGUGGGAUCACAAACAAAGAGGAAUAAAAUAAUCAUUGUACUGAAAUCAGGACAUUAGACAUGAUUGUAUGUAAAUAAUAUACUGUAUGUUGCAUAACUGACCUCACAGAGGUCAUCCUGCAGGUGCACAGUUAGAAUGAAGUAAUUGACAUAGUGUCUAUCAGUUUCAAAAUAUUUUCUUUGAAUAUGUUAAUAACUAUUCUUUAAAUCCGCUUUUCAGACUCAGUGAGGUAUUUUGCAAAUCCAAUGACCAUUGUAAUACUUAAUACUUGAGUAGUUUAUCUUCAUAGGGUCAACAGUGACUGGGGAAAUUACUGUUUAACCUAUUUUGCCAAAUUAUCAUUUUCAGUUAGUAAUUUCUGUAUUUUCCCAUACAAUUAUUUUUAACACAUUUUUUUUGUGAUGUGGUAAUAAACUGAAGAAAUAAAAGGACUGGUCACAUAUGACUAGAUCACUACUUGUCAUUGGAAUAGUAUAUAUGUUGCUUUGUGAAAGUAUGAUAUCGGGGCGAUGUUAUAUACUCCAAAGCUGUUAUGUUUCUUCUGCUUCCUCAAACUGAUCAGCUGGUGGGACUGGAUGGCAUCUGCUGGGAGACCAGCCAGGACACAGCUGCAAUAGUCCAGCUGGGAGAGCACAGGGGCCUGGACAGUCAGUUGGGUAGCAUGCUGUAUGUAGGCAUGUGUGCUAUAUGAUGUGAUACAGGUCAACAGUUCAUUUGUUCAUUUGUAUUAUGCAUGCUUAUUUGAAGUAACACUAUACAGAAUAAACUAUAAGCCACA